GCUUUGUCCAGGGCGUGAAUUAGUAACCACCAGGAGAGCAGUUGAGCCUCAGUCAGUGCCCCACACUGCUUCUCCAUGGGAACUGAAGGGGCCAGGUCAGCUAGAAAGCACCAGCUGCCCACCAGUCAGCAGGGGAAUUCCUCUCCUGAAUUUUCUUUCUCUCUAGCCCAUGUUGUUGCAUCACUUGUCCAGGAGAGACCUGAGUGGGCUGGCUAAGCUGGAGCACCCUGAAAAGUCUAGGACCCUGCCCUGGAGGGCUAAUGAGAGGUGGAAGGAUGUAGAUCAGUGUAUUUUCUUUGAAACUACUAUUACCACCCCAGGAAAAGUUCUGCAGGAAUAAGUGACAGUGAGAACAACAAGGGGACAGGACUGGCUCCCAUGUACAUGAAAUAAAAGCCAAGGCCGAGGGUGAAAUGACUUAAUGCAAGUCGUGGAGAGUCUCCAGGGCUACAGAGAAGAAGCUAGAAGAUAUCCAACAACCAGCAUCUCAAAAAGAUAAAAAGGAAAGUCCCAGUAGAGUUUAUUUCUACACUGAGAUGGAUGGAAAAGCUCCAACUGAGCCCAGAGAACAAAAGGUUACUAACCAGAGGGCAAGAUGGAAAAUGUGUGUCUUCCUCAUACUGUGCCUGCUGCCAGCUGCAAAUGCGUGGAAGGGCCCGAAGGGCCCGAGGCUGGUGUCUGGGAAGCCUGGGGGCACUGUCACCAUCCAGUGCUAUUAUAAGCCCUCUGCCAUCAACAGGCACCAGAGGAAGUACUGGUGCCGCCAAAGCCCCCUGUCGUGGCUCUGCCACACCGUCGUGUCCACCAACCACUACACUCACCUUCGCUACGUUGGCCGAGUGGCUCUAACAGACUUCCCAAAUAGAGGCUUGUUUGUGGUGAGGCUGUCCCAGCUGUCCCCGGACGACGUGGGGUCCUACCGCUGUGGCAUCGGAAACAGGAACAAUGUGCUGUUCUUCAGCAUGAACCUGACCAUCUCUGCAGGUCCUCCCAGACCCAUUCCCAGAGCCACUCCAGCUGCUAGUGAGCUCAUCAGGAGAUCCUUUGGAACAGCUGCUCCAGCAGCCAACAGACGGACCCCAAGAAAUACCCAGGCUAUGGAAAGACAGGACACAGGAUGGGACAGAGUUGCUCUGACUCCAGAAACCAACAAAAAAACAGCAUCGGCUAAGGGAAUGCAAACCCCAGGAACCCCUGGGAUCGUAGCUGCAGGGAGAGUUAGCCAGGGAGAGAGUUCCAUCUGGGCAACCAUACCUAUUCCAGAGAGUUCAGCUGCAACAAUCACAGGCAUGUCCGAUGCAACAGAAGGUGCUCGGCUGUGGGGCACCAGAAGCUCUGGAGCAAACAGUGCUAGGGCCAGUGAGGAAGGGAGAGAGACGACGACUGAGGCUGAUAGGCCAAGAGAGGAAGCAGAAAGGGUCAGAAUAGUCCUAGACGCAGACUGGGUGGUCACAGGCACCAUUAGACCAUCAACCCUGGCCACAGAAAAAGGGGCAUGGGAAACCCUCCAAGAAGAGAGAUUGGUUUCUAAGCCACAAGCCCUAGACUCCAUUGAAGAAACUACUCGAGCUGCAGGAAUGUGGACCUUGGGACCCAUGAGCAUAGAGAUGUCAUCUGCUGAAGGAAGCACUGAAGGGGAACUAGACCUCCCUGCUGGAGACAGUGGUCCCCAAAUAACACCAAGACAGGACCUGGUAGCAGGACCCAGAAGGCCCCUUGGCAAGGGGUCCUCCAUGAAGAGUGCUUCUCCAGAAGAGAAGAACAUCUCUCGGAUCCUGACUCGUGUCUCUACAGUGCUGUUCCCGCUUAUGCUUGGGGCUCUUGUCUUGUGGAGAAGGAAACUUCGGAGAAAGAGUACUUCUCAAGACACAGAAGAGGCAGAAAGAGUCAUCUUGAUUCAGAUGAGACAUUUUUGGGGGCUGAGCCUCCAACCAGACCAGCUGACUCAUGUGGAAAGGAAGAUACUCCAGGAUGACUCUCCUAUCCAUGACAUGACUGUCCCAGAGAGGGACCCUGGACCCUGAGGAAUGAAAGGAUAAGCUGCUUGGUCGCCAUGGAAGGAGAACCAGGACCAAACACCAUGACCCCGUCUUGCUUUUCUCUGCCUGUACAAAAGGAAGCCAAUGGAGCCAGGGCUCCAUUUGGGGAAGCAAAGACUGACCAUCCUUGGGCCUACAAAGGACAAGAAUUUGCCACAGUCAAGGAUGACAGUAUGACUCAGAGAAGGCUUCAAGAAAGGAUUAACUGAACACUGGUGGAGGUAACCUAGGGAAAAUGUGAAAUUUCCAUUCCUGGAGGUUUGAAAAUGUAAGAGGCUUCCAAUCAGUGUGGGGAAUUACAGGUUUUCACCCAUCACUUCUAGCCUGUGCCAGCUGCCCCCUUUCCUGACAUCUGCUGCCAUUCAACCUGCUGCACACAUUGAAUUGCAUCCAUGUAUACUGGUCUUGCCUCUACAAGUGGAUUCUAAGCUGCUUUAGGGCAAUAAUUGUGUUUUAUCUCACUGUGUCCCCAGAGGACUUCCAAUCCAGGAGAAUCCCCCAUGAAUAUCUGUGACCGAUUGGCUGACUGGAAGGGCAUGGGCUCAGCUGCCUCCAGGAGCCCUGCUCAAGCAGACACCUUGGUUCUCCCUUCACUUGGGAAUCCCCUGGAUGACUCCAUAAGCAGAUGAUUUUCAUAGAGACCAAAAGGACACCCAGUCCUCCAAUCACCCCUCCCCAUUGGGCCUACUUACCAUGCUGUAGACCUUUUGACCCAGUCAAGAUUUUCUGGGAUUUUCCUAAAUUCAUGGAAUAGGGGGGUUAUUUUUCAGUAGAUUGUCACCUUCACAAAGCUUCUCUUAUUCAACUGCUUAUUAACCCUUGAUAGUGUAGAUGAAAAGAGGCCUCAUACUAAACCUGACAAGCUCAGGGGAGGCCUGUGUAGCAGCCUUAUUAACUCAGAAAACUAAAGUAACCACAAAAGAUAGCCUGAAAUUAAAUCUUAUUAACUAAAAGCAGUUUAUGGCAGAUAGUCAUGUCUUAGGCUAGAAUCUUCCCUGACAAAAGUCCAUCUUUACCUUAAUUAAGGUGUCUGUGGUCCUUUUGCAUCUACGAUAACACACUUUUGGAAUGUCAAAGUAAUUUCCUUUCCCCAGACCCCUCAAAGCACAGAUACCACACUAGAGUACCAAAGUGGUGACCACAAAUCCCCUCAUUGUUAUCGAGUUAAUUGUUGACUAUUGGCUAUCCUGUUCCCACCUGUGUAAAAGAAGUAUGUGUCUAUCAUUUCAGUUUUUAUCCAGUUCUAGAAGUUUCUCUGCUUUGCUUUCUCCUACCUCCCUAAUCUAUCACCAAUGGAUUUCAUGUAGCCCACUUAUAUCUUCUUUUUUGAUUGGAAUGUGUAAAGCAGGGUGCAGAGCUGCCAUUCCCUGGAGCAUUUCCUCCAUCUGCUGAGGUUUUGCUUCCCAACAGUUGUCAUCAUCUUGGCUCACAUAAACUCAUAAAAAAUUCUUACAGGUUUGGACACUCCUUACAUUGACAACAGUAAGGUGUUGGUAGAGCUAGACAACAGUUGGUGGGGGCUAAGAGAGAAGGUGGCCGAAGGGAAUCUUAUGUGGAUUCUGCUUUAUAACCAUUUAACUCCCUGUUGGGGGACUUUUACUCUACCCUUGGUCCCAUUGCCUUUUCAGGAGGUACCUCUGCUUUUUUAUUUUGCCAAAUCUAUUAGCCAGCUGCCUGAUCUUAGUGUCUGGGCAGAGACGGCUUUGAGCGAUGGAAGAAAAGGGUGAGAAAGGUUUUGGUACUGAGUCAAGAACUCUUGGGUAGAUGUUUCCAGAAGCCUCAAUCCUGCCUCCUAAGCUGUCAGCAGCACCAAAAACCAUUUAUCAAUACCUCUUCAUAGCUAGUGCUGGACCCAGAUACUGUCCCAGGAAAAUCAAGGGGAUGCUGUCUUCAUGGUUUGUGAGAGCCUCAUUGUUUUUGGAUAAGUAGGACACCUGUAUGCGUCUAACCAAGGGGAAUCAUACAAUUUCAGAGCUAAUAGUUCCUUAGAGAUUAACCACUCUAAAACCCUCAGCCUAAUGGGAAGUAACUGAGGCCCUGUGGAGGUAAGUAACUUCUUUAAAGUCACUUAGUAAACUUAGUUAGUAAUAGCAAAGUGAGGAAUAGAAAAGAGGACUCAGGACCUUGAUCUAAUUUUUUCUCCACAUCACCAUUAUAGCAAUGAUCAAAGCAAAACUAAUCAAAAAAUCAAUUACACCAAGUAUCUUGCUCCAGGCCAUUUUCACGCACACUAUCUCAGUGACCUGCUAUGAAAAACCUGAAGAGAGAUAGAACAGGCAACAAUACCCUACUCAACCAAUGACUUAGUAGGCACUGAAGGAUAUGCAGUUCAGCCAAGGUCACUCUGCACCUUAGAAGCAUGGAUGAGCCAAGAACCAGGCUAUGUAAGAUCAUUUAACCUAAUUAAGUGCCUACUGGGAAAUCCACAGAACACUAGCUUCUUAGGAUUGUUAAAAGGUAUUCUGAGAAAAAGUAGGUUUGGGUAGAUCAAAGAAGUUUGGCCAAUGAGAGUUAAACAACAAACAAGUUCUUCACAUAGGAUUUUUUAGAGCUCUUAAUACACUGAGGUGCAUUGUGAAUAGCCCCAAGAGCUGGGGAUGUCAUGCCUGUUUCCCCAGCAUUUUGGACUCUUGUGUUAUAGUGAAGCAAGCUUACAGGACUGGAUUUAAUUCACUAAAAUAGGGAUUUGCAAAUUUUUUGUACAGGUAUCAGAGGGGACAAGGGUUGGGGAGCUGGGAGAAAAGUGUAAAGGUAUUAAGAAGGAGAAGAAGAAGAAG